UGAGUUAAGUCGUCCAUUCGAUUUCUAGUCCUUUUUAUGUUGACGAAUUACGUUCGUUUUUCAUUUGUCUUUUGUCUUUAAAGUUUUUCAUCCUUAUAUCGACAUCAAAAUGACUCGCAAGCGCCGUAAUGGAGGAAGAUCAAAACACGGCCGUGGUCACGUCAAGCCUGUGCGUUGCACUAAUUGCGCACGCUGCGUACCCAAAGACAAGGCUAUCAAGAAAUUUGUUAUUCGUAAUAUUGUUGAAGCUGCCGCUGUCCGUGAUAUAACUGAUGCUAGUGUAUAUACAUCAUACCAAUUGCCAAAAUUAUAUGCUAAAUUGCACUACUGUGUUUCUUGCGCCAUCCAUUCCAAAGUGGUCAGGAACAGAUCGAAGGCUGACCGUCGCAUCAGAACACCACCAAGCCGUAACUUCCCACGUGGGGAUAACAAUCGUCAAGGAGGACAACCUCAAAGAAAAACGUAAUUCCCAUUGAAUUAGGGGAUACAAAAUUAUAUUAUACCUUCAUUUAAGAUAUAAAAAUACAUUUUGAUUCUGACACAAAUAAAAAA